GUCAAAAAAAAGGAGAAAAUCUAGAAUGAGAUGAUGAUUGGUUUAUUCAAGUAGACGUGGCAGAUGCAUCAACGGUAUAGAGUAGCUCACCUUAUCCUCCGCCCCAACAAAAACAAAUUGAUCAUCAAAGCUUCAAAACUGUUCCGAUAGCACUAGAACAAUUUGCUAAGAGAUUUUUUCAAUGGCGCUUCAAGCAGCUUCAUUGAUACCCUCUUCAGUCUCUUUUCAUAAAGAGGGAAAGUUUUCUGGUUUUAAGGAGACAUCUUUUGUUGGAACUUCAAUCUCCGAGCAUCUUAAAUCUGAAUUUCAUCAUACUUCUUUGAGGAUUAAGGAAUUCCGAAAUUGGAUUAUCAAAGCCCAAACAGUUACAGCAUCUCCAUCUAUCGACCAAGCAACUCCUGAAGGUAAGAAAACAUUGAGGAAAGGCAAUGUCAUUAUUACAGGAGCCUCAUCUGGGUUAGGCUUGGCCACAGCUAAGGCCCUCUCAAUGAUGGGAAAUUGGAACGUAAUCAUGGCGUGUAGAGAUUUCCUCAAAGCAGAAAGGGCUGCCAAGAGAAUAGGAAUGCCCAAAGAUAGCUACACCGUCAUGCAUCUUGACCUUGCCUCCUUAGAGAGUGUCCGUCAAUUUGUUGAAAACUUUCGACGUUCUGGUAUGCCUCUUGAUGUGUUGGUUUGCAAUGCGGCUGUGUAUUUGCCUACUGAUAAAGAGCCUACGUUUACUGCUGAGGGCUUUGAACUUAGUGUUGGGACGAACCACCUUGGUCAUUUUCUUUUAUCAAGAUUGUUACUUGAUGACUUAAAGCAGUCCGACUAUCCAUCAAAGCGCCUUAUAAUUGUUGGUUCGAUAACAGGAAACUCAAAUACGCUAGCCGGGAAUGUACCUCCAAAAGCCAACCUUGGGGAUUUGAGGGGACUUGCAGGAGGGUUGAACGGAGUAAACAGCUCACCGAUGAUUGACGGAGGUGAAUUUGAUGGAGCAAAGGCCUACAAGGACAGCAAAGUAUGCAACAUGCUGACUAUGCAAGAGUUUCACAGGCGAUUCCACGAAGAAACAGGAAUUACCUUUUCCUCUCUUUAUCCUGGAUGUAUUGCCGAGACUGGUCUGUUUAGGAAUCAUGUUGCGCUGUUUAGAACCCUUUUCCCGCCCUUCCAGAAGUACAUCACGAAGGGUUAUGUUUCCGAAGAGGAGGCUGGAAAGAGACUUGCACAGGUGGUCUGUGAUCAAAGCUUGACAAAAUCAGGUGUUUACUGGAGUUGGAACAACAAUUCGAAAUCAUUUGAAAACCAGCUGUCGAAGGAAGCUAGUGACGAAGAGAAAGCACGAAAAUUGUGGGAGGUCAGUGAAAAGCUUGUUGGAUUGGCUUAGGGAGAGACCUUAUUACUGCUACUACAAUGACUUGUGAUCAAGUAUCUUAUGGUCCUGAUUUUGUAGAAUAGUAGUCAAUGUAAACCUGUAAACCAGAGAUAAUGUAGAUUAUAAUGAAACAGAGCUGUGUAUGAGUUUCCUACCCCAUUCUUACAUUUGAUUUAUGAUGUGAUUUACUUUCUUAAACCA